GGUGCUGUUCCCCGAGUGGCUUUACCCAGCGAGGAGGCAGAUGGCGUCCAUUCUAUAUACUGUCUUUGGUCGAUGCACAGAAAUUCGCACACAUGUUAUUUCAAGAAGGCCCACAUUAGAGCAAAAUAAAACAGUUUACGUCCAAGUUCAAAAAAGGUUUUUUAGUCUGUUUUUAUUUUAUUUUUUUCAGUUAUUAUAUUUACGAGAUUAGCUAAUCAAAAGCAGGGUUUACUUAACUGACGAGUAUGCACACUGUAGCUGUUUGCGAGAUGGCUAGUGGCUUGUCUCUGGUUGGUCAAGCAGAAGUUCGGUUGAGUCAGCAUUUCCAGUAUGAUGACCACUGCUGAUAAGCUUCAAAACUCUGCCAUAAAAACAAAAGGUAAAGUCACUGAGAGUACAUCCUGGUGUUAUGUAGUCAGUGGUUGUAUGUAGGCUGUGUCUGCUUAAAAUGGCAUACUCUGAACGUGUUUGUUCUCUUUGCUCUUCUUUCUUAACUCGCGCACUGACUUACUGUGGCUGCGAAAGUGCUGAUAGUCUCCAUGGUGGGCGUUGAAUCUGGUGGUUGUAGUGGUUCUAGCUUGCCAGCAGUGCCUUCUGUUCAACAAUUUGGACUGAGUUAAAGGACAGAUUGUCCCAGACUGCCAGUGCUUGUUUGACUAAAGAACCUUAGAGAGUGUGAUGCUUCUACCUUCUCAUUUAUAGACUUUUCCGUCCCUUGGGCUCUCAUUGGUCUCUCCAAACAAAGAUACCUUAGACCACAUGUCCUCCUUUUUAAGAUACAAAAGCCCCCUUUUUAAAGAACACAUAAAACACAUCCAGGCUCCUCUGGUGCCCUGUCUGGUUUGAGUUCUGGGUUGAAGGUAGUAAAUGUUUGCAGUGUUCAGGGCCUGAAUGCAGAUUUUGUUGGUUUGGUUUUGGCCUAUGCUGUCAUAAAUUACUAGACACACCGGUUUGAUUAUUCAAAACCAGGAAAGCAGAACAAAAAACAAAGAACAUGAAUUCAUAACAGCAGGGGAACCUGCACAGGCAGAGAUUGAAAAAAAGAAGCUGUCAAACAGUCAGAAAUCCAAGCUGUCAGAGAGGUAACUGGAGGUGGCACAGGAUCUGAUUGGCCCACAGUGACGCCUGACUUUCCAGACUCCUUUCUUGCUGGAAAGUCAACAACAGUUUUUUAUAUACAAAUGCAUGCAUGAAGCACAUUAACACUGCUACCUGGAGAUGUUGAAUCACAACCAGAAAGGGGAAACUGCAAAAUUACGAUACAUCAAACAAAGUCAAGCAAGAAGGAACCACUAUAACAUGUAAUACAGUUACAAAGAGAUGCGAAACAAUCCCAAAGGGAAUCAAAAAACGGAAUUUCCGCCAAUAAUAUUGAAUGUUGAUUAUUCACACACCUCCACAAAUCUCUUUGAUUAACAUUCCAUGACAUGCAAACAUGUUUUUUUUCUCUUCUUCCUCUUUCUUUUCUCAGCUCCUGAAGGAUACGUCCUUUUUUGCGACAUUGUUUUGUCUCACAACUACCUGCGUUUUGGAUGCUCAGUGCACAUUGCACAGCAGAAGGCACAUAACGGUAGCAGAGCUUUGACAUAUCUGCAGUAAGAAUCGUAGGCCUACAUCAUCAGCAGCACUAAAAUGUUUUUACUUAAUUUUUUUUUUACAAUAAUAUAUAUCUGAUCAUACAGAAAGCAUCACUCAAAUCAACAGAAUAAGUGUAAAUAUAACUGUCUUGAUAAUAUAGCAUGCAAAAAAAAGUGAUCUCCUAUGGUCAACUUACCCCGUGUACCGUUUAUCAUGAGAAUGCCUUUAAGUGAUUCAGAACAUUCACAGCUGUAUUUUUGAAAAGAAAAAGUAACACAUUUCAACAAUCUGAACUGAAACUCUGAUCCUCUCAUCAGACUCCAUUACUUUCUCAGUUAAGCCACUUUACCCCAGAACUACUAUGAUGACUUUAUUAGUCCUCUAAGCUAAAAUGGUGGACUUUUAUGUUAGGUUUUGACCUCCUGUUGUAGUUCAAAGAUACAAAAAUUGAUGUUUACAACAAAUUUAAAAUGAUAUUUUUUAAAAUGAUCAAUUCUAAUCAAAUUUAUUACAGACUAAAUUCACCCUCAAGAGUGAAAAAGUUUAAAAAAAAAAAAUAAAUGUCUAACCUCUUCACCCAUGUGCUUCUAACCUUCACAGACUCCAUGAAUUGAUGCCCAUCUCCUCAAUAUUUGGUCACAUGAUCAAUUUCUUUUACCAUUUCCAAGAAACAGGGGGUUGCUCAACUAAACCUUUGGCUCAUCUUACCCCACCCUCCCCUGUUCCCUUUUUUUCUCUCUCUCUUUUAUUUUUGGACUACCGUACCGGCCGAAUUUUCCUGCGCGCACUUACAUCUACCUUUACGGUACUCUAUCCCCUCUGCGCACCGUGCCUGGCAGGAGCCCACGGCUUCAGAUCCAGCAAUACUGACAAUGACGCGUGUGAACGAUGGUCGAAGAUCUCUCUCUCUCCAGUAAAGCAGACAUAUGCGGCGAGGGAUGAACGGAGAAUACUCACUGGGAAACAUCUCACUUCAUUGACCGAGCCUCUGCUCCCGCGUGGCUUCAGCUUAAACGAGACAGAUAACCAUUUCGCGAGCUAUUUUGCAUGCAGCCUUGGGCGCAUGAAGUCUGGGAUAUAUUUACCCACCCUGAUCAGCUCCUCCAGCGACCUUGCAAUGUGUCCACUGUUGUUCCUUAUCUAGAUGAGGUGUGGGUUUUUUUUCCUCUGUGACUGAGGAGUGCCUGUUUGGAGCCAAAUCCACCUUUUCCUGCAAGAUGUUUUGAGCGCCAAAGGGGGCUGAGAGCGGCUGGUGUCAUCAGGGGAGGUGGGGGGAGAAGAGUCUUCACUGCGCAGACAAGCGGCGGAGCGUCUCUGCGCUACCGCUCGUCUUCUCUGAUCCACAGCAGACAGACACACAGACAGACAGACACACAGACGGACAGUUUCAGGAAGAAGGAGUGGGUGAAGGAGGAAGAGAGGGACGUUCACGGCUGGAAAUCUGGAAACAUACGGCGGUAAAAUGACGAUGUCUGUCCCCGAGAGGAAGUCAGGAUCGGAGGGGAAAGAGGAGGAGAGCGAGGAUGAGAGUGAGAUCCUGGAGGAGAGCCCGUGUGGACGCUGGCAGAAACGGAAAGAGCAGGUUGGUGUGUGUGUGUGCAUGUGUGGGUCAAUGUAUAUAUACGUGUGUUCAGGUAAUAUAUAAAACAAGCUGUCCUCCCUGCUCAUGCUGGACAUAGACAUCCUCUGUUAUGCAAUUCUCUAGCCAGGCCGGGAUUUUAUUGCCCUUUGGUUUGUUGCACCAACCCACCAUAACACUGUGACACAUCCGCUGAUCGGCUUAGCCCACAUAAAGUCUAUUUCAGUGUUUCCCAGGGACAGGGGCAGCUUGGUUAUGAUGGAUCCAUGUUUAAGCACUGCUGCACCUUUCAAUGCUUUGUCUGUGCAGGAUCUUGACACUAAACCAACGACUUUACGAUGCACUCUGACACUGUGGACGUGCAAUUCAGGUUCCUUCACUUUAUCACCAAGAGGAAAGCUGGAAAUGUAAAGAAACAGAGAUGGGGAAAGAGUGUGGGGAUGUAUUUGAAACUUAUAAAUAUAGCUUGACUGAAAGGACACUCAUUAAGUCCAGAAAGUGCAACUCAAGCCAUUUCCUCUUAUGAAAAAAUCCAGCAACAGCUGACAGAAAUAGUUUGCUGCUUAAAUGCUGCUUCACCAGUAGUGCUGGGACGAUAUGCUUUUCUCCCGAUUCGAUUCUUGUACGAUUUUUUUUGGAUGCUGAUUCUAUUUAAAUUGUGAUUCUAUGAUAUUGACGAUUUUCUCAGUCUUAAAGGUCCUUACACACCGGGAGCGUUUUUUUUGUGUGCGAUUAUUUCAGAUGUCAAUAAUUUUUUUUGAACCCGUAUCCUGUCAAUACAAGCGUUCACAUCAGCGACAUUUUCCCGUCCUGUGAUAUUGCAGCAUUUAUUUUUUUUGUUUCACAGUCGGGUUUUCUAAAGUUUCGCAUACUGUGUGUCCACUUCUGACCAAUCAGAUUUUGUGUUGUUGCGAUGUCAGAAUCAGUGGUAUAUCCAACAUGGUCAACCAGCUGAUUGUUUAUGUGUCGGAGAACAGAGUGCUUUUUGAUAGGGAAAAAAAACAAAUAUUAUAAAGAUAACGACCUGAAGGACAACUUGUGGAGAGUCAUAGCAUCUGAUUUCUCAUAUGACGAUGGUUUGUGUGCUUUAACAGUUUGCUAAACGUCUUUGUUUUAACUUUCAUCUGUGCUAAGUAACUUUAGCUCGUAAGCUAACCUGUUCAGAUACAACAUACCCUAUGUAUUUUCACUGUCUCAAACUCAAUCACGUUGCUGUCACAGCACCAUUAGGUCUUGGUUGUUACCUUACGUUUAUGGAUUAUAGUUUAAUGUGCUUAUCUGGUACUGGCCCCGACUCAGUACAUGCUAUCAUGACAGACAGCCAUCUCAACACUAGUGUCUAAUCAGCACUGAAAAACAGUCAGUCUGUUUCUGUGUCACUCUUCUCACUUACACCAGGGAUGCAUCUUUUUUUUCCCCCGGAAAGUCGCAAAAUCGACUGACAAAGUCUUCUGACUAUUCCAGGAACCAUAUUUCCCCAAAAAUUACACAUCAUAUUAGGACUGGGUGAUAAUAUGAUCGUGAUAAAUUUCAGUUCGAUCACGAUGAUCAACUGUGAGCAUAUUUACUUGAUCAAACAUAGCAGAAGUGUGCAUCACAACAGCCAAUCAGAAUCGAGCUUUUCCUGCUCACUUCUGUAAGUUACCAGAGAAGUAAACAGAAUGACCGAACAUGGACCUAAACGCAGAGUUGAGGGCAGCAAUAUAGAUGUUAGCCGUGACUUUGAGUCAUCCUACGAAGAUGUUAUUGUUGAGAAGUUAUUCAACGUCGCUUGUGUGGCGGUGGUUUGGGUAUCUCUAAAGUGACGCCGAGCAAUUAAGUCGAUGUACAAGGUACCUUGGUGGUCGAUGCCCUCAAAAACCAGCAACACAAUAAAUCUGUUUAAUCAUUUGAAGAAGUACUUCCUGAGUGAUUAUGUGGAAAGCAUGAAAAUGUGAGUGGAGUCUGCACAACCUAUCACUGACGGCACGAGUAGCAUUAGCAGUUUAGCCACAACUAGCGGUGCAGUCACCAGACCAAAGCAGCAGUCAAUCAUAUCAUCUAUGUCUACAUCAUCUAAUGUUUACAUUUUAAGCGUCUUCAUUAUCUCUGAGGAGGCGAUUUGUUUAUUUUGGGUCUUGCACGCAACACUCAGGAGUGUAAACUAAUUCACUGUAUUAUUUAGUAUUAUUUAGUGUAUCUUAUUCUUUGUUAUUUACUUGGUAUGUUAAUAAAAUGUUGAACUAAUCUAAUCGGACUAAUCGGACGAUACGACAAAAUAUAUCGUGAUCAUUUUUUUGGCCAAAUUGCCCAGGCCUACAUCACAUGUAAGUCAGUUUUUGAGGUUUAUUCUUGAAUUUGGGGAAAAAAGAAGAUUUUUGAACAUAAAAAUCGCUUUAAAAAUUGUAAAACAAAAAACAGGAGGCAGCCUCAGACUGCUUAUUCUGUAAAAUAUUGAAUACAGCCUACAUUUUUUGAAGGAUAACACUGCCACAAAUCAUGAAAUAUGCAGGCGUGCAUGUGCAAAAUGUGUUGCAAAUUUCAAUCAAGCCUAUAACAGACAGACAGACACACCCAUCAGAUCCAUUACCUUUGAGAACUGCCAUGCACUAUUAUUAGUCUGAUUAGCAGCACUUCAAUGCUUAGCUCAUAGGUGGUAGCUCUAUCCCAUAGAGCCCCGGUGAUGUUUAAAUCCCAUUUGACAGAAAGUACAUUUAAGUACUUUAAAUUUAUCAGCUAAGCUGUCUGGAAGUUUUUAGAGGGGAAGGUGUCACUCAACAGUAUUUUUGUUAUUUCCCACUAAUGUGACAGCAGGAAGAUGCUGCUAUAGAUUAAAUAUGGUGUGCUGAAGGGAACUAAACUUUGCAAAGCACAACUCAUUUAGAUGCAAUAUUGUAGAGAAGCAAAAGUCGCUGCAGCCCUUCACAUCCGCAGCUUUGUUUAGAACUGCUGUUUUCUCCAUGAGAGGAUAGGUAGACAACGGCCUUGUGGCCUUGCUCACAGCUUUUUCUUGCGCGUCCCAUCAGUGUUUUAAUCUCAGCAUCAAAGACAUCGACAGCAGCACAGUUUCAAGUGGUGUUUCUACUGCAUCAACAACCUGAUCGUCAUACGAGACUGAAAAAUUCUGAGAAAUGAAUCAUAAUUUAAGAGAAAGAAGAUGUGAGUGUCUUAGCAGCUGUGAAGAAGUGGGCGUCAGCCUCACUACCAGCUCCAGAUAAGGCUGUGAAUUUGAGUUGAAGGUUAUCUCUGGAGCACACACAGUCCUCAAUUUGCUGCUACAUCCUGACCUCAGUGCCAUUAGGCUUCAUUCAUGGUGGAAAUACACACAAACACACACGCCCUCCCUGGUGUUUUUCCACCCAUUGAUUACCCAUCUGCUUGAUUGCGCUCUGCCUCCACGCCAAAACUCAGAAGUUGCGUUGGACUGGUUGCUGAAAAAAAUCUUUGUCACAGUGUCUCAUGCCACAGAAGGAAACAGGUAAAUAUAUAAAUUAAAAAUGUUGGGCUUUGCUCCAUGUCUGUGUUGUUAUUCUAACUCUAGUUUACUGUGGAACUAUCUGAUUGUUUCACUCUGAAAAGUCAGGAAAAAGCAAAAUAAGGCCAAAUCAAGACCCAAGGCCAUAAGCCCAACCUGAAAUUGAAGCACCAGUUUAGUACCAACAAACACUCAAAGCGUUAAAGCUGCAAUGCCAACCAGACAAAAGCAGCAAAACUCAUAAAAAACAUAAAAUCAGCCAGUUUAAAGCAUUUUUGCUAAUGAAUAAAACAAGAUUUUGGUCACGAUGCAUUUUGAUCUGAGGGCUGCAGCUCUUGUUUUCAUUAACUUUCAAUUAGUAGUUAAUUUUCCUAAUAAAUGGAGAAGAAGUCCCCUAAACCUCGGAGGGCUGGCUUUAAUUGGAUGAGGUCCUCUAAGCAGACAAUUCAAUGACUAACCUGAAGUCAUCAAAUGGCCUGUUUUUUGUCUAACAGGACAGUGUGAGACAAUAAUGCUCAUUAAACACAAGAAAACGGUGACCACUCACCACAGCAAAACUGGAGCGGCUUAUAUCUUUACAAAUGUCUGAGGAAAAGGCUUUACAAAUAAACAAACCAGAUUAGUUUGAUAUGAAAAGACACAAUUCAAUAUGAUAUUAUGCUAUAUGAUAUGCCAUAAUACAAUAUGAUAUAAUAUUUAACAACAUGGACUCUCUUGCUGCACACUUUUUCUGUCUGAAAAGGUGAUAAAUGAAUUCGAACAGUAUAAUUAGCUUAGCGCAAGUCCAUUAAAAGUCCAUUUCAAGCCCCACUAAUGUAUUUCCUGCAUCCUCACCUAUUCAUCCAGUUAAAGUUCAUCAUCAUUUGCAUUGUGCAAUGCUCACCUUGCAUAGUUCACCUCGUUUCUGUGCAGACUUCGACUUGAAUAGACAUGUUAUUCAGGGGAAACAAGCUUCAAAUGUUUUUACGGCUGCCAGCUUUUGGUUGUUUGUACAUGUUUGAUCCAGACUCACACAAACAAAAUGAACCCGUGUGAUAGGAUCUCUGCAGGGACAAGCUGAGCCAACAAUUCCUGCCAACUCUUCACGAAGCUGCUUAAAAACAUAACGUCAUUAACCUCUGAAGUGGUCUUUGUGCAGCGAUAUCUGUGAGUUCAUGCAGAGUUUCUGAGAUCCUCUAGUUAAGAAAUUAUCCAUCAAAAAGCCGCAGACAUUUUUCUGAGUGAUCUUGUCUGUUUUGAUGCGAACACGUCCAAAGUCUCCUCCCUCUGCAGCAGACCUGGGUGUGUCCGAGCAGCAGGCUUGAAAUAUACAUGAAUCCUUAGUAAAUAAGCCAGUGGGUGAAAGUUCAGAAACACGCUGCCAUAUCUGUUAUCCAUCUCAGGCAUUAAAAUAAACACAGUCACAUGGUCAGCACAUGGUAUUGUUUUCCCAGCAGACCUGUGGGCAGGAACAGUUUUACAUUUUUAAACUGAAUGAAUGCAUUGCCCUUAAAGUCCCUUUGCAACACUUGACUCAACACACAGAGCAUUAAUUUUCCCGGGCAGUGUUGAUGUGAUUGGAUGGCAAAGUGGAGUGAGACAAAGCAUGAAUAUUCUUAAUGCAUGUUUGUUUUCACACCGUGGUUAAAUGGUGAAACUCUUUUGUGGCUCAGAUGUUUGUGUGAAAAAAAAUUAACAGAGAACAUUCCCUUGAAACCACUGCAGGACAAGAGACGACUCGAGAGAUUAAUUAGAUUGGACUGUUGGUUUAACCAAACAGGGUUGCACAGAGUGUUGAAAUGCUGCUCCCUUUGUCAACAUGGCCUGAUCUAAAAUCUGCAACAAGAUUUAGAAGUUCUUGAUUUCCGACUGGUUGCAUGUCAUCUCUUACUGAGUCAUUUAUUCCUUUCCAGGAUGGCGACAUUAAGGCGAACUUUAACAUAGACAAAGUUGUGACUCACAAGAUAUUUCUGUUGGGACAUGAUCGUGACAGAAACCCUUCUGUUUAAGGUUGUCCUCAAUCUGACCUUAUUUUCCAGGAACCUUCUGAAUUCACGUAGGUCUGAGAUGAAAUGUACUUAAAGGGAUACUUUGGUGUAAAUUUAAGUUAGGGUCAAACACACCAUAACACAGAGUUAGAUGCUUCCUCGAGAGAUAAUUGUUGCCGACUGCUUUCUUCUCUAGUUAUACCAACUUUAGCAACGACCACAGUAUAGCCAUACACAGCAGUCUACAUCUCCACACACAAACCUCAACCAAAAUGCCACUCGUAGCCACAAAUAAUGCUCAGAACAGCACCUGACUUUAUCAAGUGUACACAUAGGGUCCCAGCCACAGCACUAGCCAUCAAACAUCUUUUUAACUUUGCCUAAUUUCUUUAGCAAAGAGACUAAACACAACUCACCCACUCUCCUCUAGCAGCUGCUUGUUUGUGGGGGAGCCCUGACGAGUCAAUCACUGAGAACAGUGGAGUUUCGCAGCUCAAGGAAGAACAGUUAUGGCUCUUACUUCAUGGAAAUGCAAUCAAAGUUUUUGUGUAUCUUGUAUGUGCACUACAGAUGCGGUAGUUCUUCCUUAGCGCCUUGGUCUGAUUCCAUAAAGAAAUAAUCGUAAAUUUUCCACUGCACUCGAUGAUCGACUCGUCAGUAUCCCUUUAAGUAGAGGCUUUGAAACAAAAAAGUAAGAGGUCAAAGGUUAAAGAAACAUAUGAAUGCUCGUUCAGUUUUGUCAUUCUUUGCUUUAAUUGGGGCAGUACAAGUCGAUGAUUGGGCUGUGACACAAACCUCACAGAUGCUUUUUAGUAUUUCAAAAUGACUAACUCGUUUAAAAAAAUUGCAUUUAUUUGUCAUCAUUCCUCAAUCAAAUCUGAGCACAUAUAUGCCAAAUUGCCCAGUGUGCUAACAGUAGCAGAGCUAGCACCACCAGCCCUCGGCCCUCUAUACACUUCUAACACCCACAUGCCUGUAUGAGAAAGACACUGCUUAAGUUAGAUGAAUAUAUGCCUGUUAAACCACACAACCUUCAUAAAACGUAGUCUUUAGCAACUUAAAACAUCCUAUUUUAUUGGCAGUGGCGAACAUUGCGAAAGCCCUCUUUCAAAGAGUGAUUUUCUAUCAAAUACAGCAGUACAGUAGUAGUAGUUUCAUCCACUACAGACACAAUCCCUCCCUCUUUGUGAUCCUGGCUCUGUUUUGCAGCACAGCAGACCUCCUGAAGUGAAUCCACACCCUUCCACACACUGUAGUGCACCCGCAGCACAGAACUCAUUCCAGUAAUUGCUCCAUCUUCUAUUUUGAGGAUCUGUCUCCAUCUGCUCUCAAAGAGACGAAAAUGAGGCAGACUGGGUCGGGGGAGUCUGCAUUCAUUUGUCAUGAUGUUAAACCACGAGUGCAGAUGAAUAUGUUUGGUGCGAUGUGAGAGGGAGGUGUCAUUUUUUGCAUGUGUAUGCUAGCUAAAAUAUCAUGUAUGUGUGAGUGCCUGCAUUUAUGUGUCAGGAUGGAGAAACCUGCAUAUUUUACUAACAGCAAGGGGUCAGAGAAAACGUUUAUUUUCACUUUUAAAAACACGUCAAAAAUUCAUAUUUAUACGUGACCAAAGUCCAUGUUUUGGUUGUGGUUUUGCACCGCUGUGGUUAAUGUCUUAUGCAAUAUCUGUACUCCACCUGCUAGGACAAGUCUCAUGUCUGCUGGGAAAAAGGUCCUACAAUGUAUUAAUCACAGUAUUACUGUCCAUGAUGUAAUUAUGUGAUGAUAUCCAGAGUUUCCCUCAUCAAAUCGCUCAGCAGAGGGGAAUUAGCGGGCUGUCAAGAUCCUGACACAUCUCAUUUCUUGAUAAAUUAAGUGAGCGUGAAAUCAAUCUUCACAGCUUUCUUUCACUGAAAGUAAAAUUCAACUUUAUGGAGAGAGGGUUUAUUUUUCUUCUUAACAAAGAUGGCUGGGAAGCUGUAAGUUUGUAAUGUAGGGUUUUAACCUUGAAAGUAUGUGAAGUAUAUUGGCAAAUCCUCACUCUUUGGAGCUUUGAAAUUUAACUUCAGAAUGAUUUAACUUCCUCAUGCAGUGUUGUGAGAAUUAGAAACAAAACACAUAAAUCAUGAUGAUGAUUUACUUUUGAUGAACAUUAAAUUAGAGGCAUUAAAAAAUCAUCACCUCACAGUUUCUAUGAUACAUGUCAGCAGUAAACCUCCAGCAGCUUUUGGAGCUUCCCUGUGUCUGGUUGUAAAGUUGAGCCAUUAAACUGAACAAACACACCCCCAGCAUAGAGUACUGCCCCUUAUAAGCUCAUGUCAGGUCACAGCUUGCAUUAAGUGCUGUCUGUCCUAGGGGGAUUCUCCUAAUGACUUACACUCCAUAAUAAUCCAGCAGUGCCGGCAUGUUUCAGCCAGCUGCCCUGCGAGGAAUGACAUCCACUCAGAUUUCCUCUGGAGAGGAAACACAGCGCAGGGACAGCAAGCUUUGAUCCACCUGUUAACAUGGUCACUAUGCCAGCGGCGGUCCCGCGUGCCUGUUGCUCGGGGCUUAAGGCCUUUACGCACGCUCACAUUAAUUCGUUCCUAGAAUACAAAAAGAAAGAUUUAUUUGGGUGACCUCGUUGAAUUUUGGUUAUUUUUAGCCACAUUAGCAGAAAUCCCUGAGGGCUAGCUCCAUUUAUUGGGUGGUCUGUAACCAGUUUGAUGAAAUAUCUUUUAAAACUGUUUGACUUAUGGACAUGGCUUUUUGUACAGACGUUCAUGAACCCUAAGAAACUUUUGAGAUGGCUCAAGUUGAUAUCUGGUUGCCUUAGACAUUAAGAUUUUUGUCUUCUACUGAAAUAUUGCAACAACUGUGACUGGGGUCAUCAUUAGUCGUGGCACCCAGAGGAUGAACUUGAUUGGUUGUGAGGCGGACGCUGCUCUCCCAUGUCGUUUACGAACUCAACAAAAUUUAGCGUGCUACAAUAUCAGACAGUAGAAACCAACCAGAAAUUACGGAAAAUUGUCCUCCUUUGACUUCGGCUGCCAACAUAGCAAGAAAACGAAGUAAAUACCAGAGACUCGAGCAAAAUAACGGGUGCCUAAAGCUGGUUCAACAUAAAACGAAAGGGGGCACUUUGGGAUCUUUCGAACCCUGUAACCCUUCUGCUGGACAGGUGAACCGCUUUAACAAAGUAAGCCAAGUGUCUGUAACAGAAGUGUUUUUUGUCAAACGGGACCUGCUGCGUGUUGUAGCGCUGCUAAACUGUUGCCCUCGGGUCCUGGACUAUGUCGCUUUACGCUAACUGUAGAAGUCCUUCAAACAUUGUGUUUGCUGGUAGUCUUUUGGCAUCUACAGUAGCACCAAUGCUUUUUACUUUCACCUUGACUGGGUCCCAUUUAUAAUUAUCUGAAGUAUUUAUCUGCAUUAUAUUUGAAUUUAAUUGGAACGAUACGAGCGAGCAGGAGCGUCUGUUUGUGGGCGGGGCUUGCUGGAGCAGAGAGGGAGGGGAGAGGAGGAGCUGAGGGGGAAACUGGUUGGGAGGGGUAGAGUUCACAUUCAAGAUUUCUCUCCAAAACUGGCACUUCCUCAGAUCCUGCCUACCCCACCUUUAAUGUCUGAUGGAUAGGCAUUGAAACUUGGUAUGAUGAACUCUAAUAAUUUUAGUGGUUCUGGGUUUGACCUUAUCUUCUUAUGGAUGAAGAACUGGACACAUCCUUGUGUUUGUAGCAAUACAGGUGUGCCACUUUCUCACCUGUAAGACUGUUAGAUAAAGGUUGUUCCUGUUGGACUUCCUGUCUGAGGAAAUAAUGGAGGACUGCGGCUCCACCUUUAGUGUACGGGUGAAUGAUUUAACAGCACCGUGUAGUUAACCUUCUUAUGUGUUAUGACACAGUUUAUUUUACAGCCAGGGCGUCUCUGACCCAACCUGUCCUAUUACAUUAGCGGUAACAUGCUACUUUCAUCUGUGUGUUUUACAGCUGUAAUCACACAGUGUUAGUACACAGCGCAUAGACGUAGGGGGUUUGAGAGUGACAUUGCAAAUUAAUGGUGUCCCUCUGUUCACAUGAGCUCACUGUUGUCUUCUGUGUUUGUUAACACACAAAGAGAGGAGAUACUGGUCUUAGAGAGGAACUGAAAACUUUCUAAUGUUUACCUGCUGCUUUUUCUCAAGCACCCAUGCAUGGAGGAGGCUUGUUUACACAAAACACAAGCUAGCAGCAUUAGCAUUGCACAUAAGCGGGGGGGAUUUAGGUGCUGAUUACUUAUCAGUAAGCACCCAGACAAGGAAGUUAUUACCAACCCCCACCUCGCCAGUAGCUUGGAGAAAAAGUCCACCCCGUAACGUUCGCAGUUAUCAUCAGCUUGUGAUAUUGAGUGCAUUCCAGGAGUUCAUUUGAGAGCAAGUGUGGAAGCUGCAGCUGGCAAAUAAACUUAAUGGUGGGUGAACAGAAGAGAGGGAGAGGAGGAGAAGGCUGUAAUUUUCAUGUUGCUGAGCGCCACUUGUAAAAUUUAAGGGCAGAAUCCUGUAAUAUCCUGUUUUUGAAGUCAACAUGCCCUCUGUGUGUCCCGUACACAGAAAAGUACAUCAUUAAUUCUUGUUAAUUGUUGUGUUUAUUGCCUGAAAUUGCUGACUCAUGCAUCAUAUACUUAUCGAAUUAUCUUAAUUCAGUCAUUUGUGUCCUUGAAGUUGUUAAUUCAAUUCUUUCCUUCCUUAAAACAUGUUGAUGUGAUACUAUAGGGACUCAAAACAAAUGCUUAAAUGAGAUUAACCAGUUACAUCAACCUCUCAGCUGCAGUUCUCAGUGAGGAGAUGAGGAAUUUCUCUUUGUCUUGACAUGAAGAGAAGCAGUGCCAACAAACUGGAGCAAAGUUCAGAGCUAAUUACGAUCUAUUAGUAUCAGUGAUACACAAAUUCAGAUAACUGGAACAGAGAAGUUGUCUACGUCUGAUUAGCUUACAUAUUAAAUACAUUUAGUUAGCUAUUUAGCAAGCUGACUAAUAAGAAGUUAACACAUUUAGUUGCAUCCAUAAACGUAGUCUCUUUGGCGCCACCUGUUGGUUUGUAACACGAUGUUGAAGAUGGUUGCCAUUAUAGAAAUGCUGACUCAUGCUAACUUUUGAUAAACCUAAAAUUAGAGCCUGUCUGCAAACUCAAACUCUAGUCACCCUUUUAUGAUGUUAAAGAAUAAAGUGAAAAUUGUAAAACGGUUGUCAAUUUGACAUGCAGUGAUUUUGGAACCAGCCCCUAGUGGACACUCAGGGAACUGCAGUUAUUUUUCUUCGUGCUACAGCAUUGUCUAUGAUACGGUAAAAAAAAAGCCAUUAAAAAAUUUGACUUUCUAAAGGUCCUCACACACCAGGGCUGUUUUUGUCAAGCGAUUAUUUCAGACGUCAAUAUGUUUUCCCGUUAGAUUUUGCGGCGUUUAUUUUUUCCGAUCAUAGUCGAUUUUUCUAAAUUUCCGCAUACUGUGUGUCCACUUCUGGCCAAUCAGAUUGCUUGUUGUUGCGGCGUCUGAUUCACCGGUAUAUCCAACAUGGCCGACCGGCUGAUUGUUUACGUGUCGGAGAACAGAGUGCUUUUUGAUAAAAGACACAAACAUUACAAAGAUAACGACCUGAAGGACAACGUGUGUAGAGUCAUAGCGUCGGAUUUCUCAUAUGACGAUGGUUUGUGUGCUUUAACAGUUCGCUAAACGUCUUUGUUUUAACUUUCAUCUGUGCUAACGUAAGCUAACGGUUGUUACCAUAGUUUCAUGUGCUUAUCUUAUCGCCUCUGAUUGGCUAUAAGUGCUGACCGUCUGACUUGAGCGUGUGAUGACGUUUCCAGCUUUUCUAGCCAAUCAGAGGCGAAGGAGGUGGGACUUCCCCCAGGAAAAGUCUUCCCCGGGAUGCGUCUUUUCCCACCAGGAAAGCCGCAAAAUCGCAUCGGGCUUGAUGUGUACAGUCAGGCGCGUAAAAAUUCUCCUCAGAAUAUUUCUUAAUUUCGCUUUAUAUAUUCGCGUCAACCCCGGUGUGUAAGGACCGUAAAUGUUUGAAGUGAAGGAAAAUUUUUGAAUACCUUAAUUUUGGGAGAACUUCUUGCUUUCACAGUCAAACCCUGACAUUUACUUAUGUCCACUAUCUUAUCUGGGUUUUCCUGGUUAUGGCUCUAUUCUUGCUGUGCUGACAAUGUCGUGUUUGGACAGCUUAGAAUGACAAAUACACCUGUAUUUGCAAGUUUGAUACUACAGCUGUUCUUGUGGUCCUUUGGCCCAUUUAAAAAAAAGUUGCUUAUUUGUCUGAUCUCUCUUCUGCAGGGUGAACUUAAAUGAGCUUUGAGCUAUAUUUCAGCAAAGAACCAAGCAGAUGUUCAACCCAUUAGGCUCCAGUCGAAUCAGGUCCCACAUAGACUCAGGUCUUUGUGCUUUUAUACUUAAACUGUCCUGCCUCAGAACAUCUUCAUGUUACACUUGAUCAUUGUUAAAGUUACUGGGUCAUGUGGUUUUAAGAGAACCUGUUACCUGGUUGUAAAAGGUGAGUAGGUCUUUAUAGUAAGGCCUCUGAGGGUCAUCAGAUCCGACACAGAGAGGUAUCAGUCAGCGUUUUCCACUCUUAAGCUGUAAGUGAAAUGGAGCUACCCGGAUUUUCUCCCGGUCGGUCGGGGACGCUGGCAUGAAAAGGAAUCCUCUAGGAAUGGCUGACAUGUCCGCUCUGGGCUUUCACAGAGCUGUCUGAGUCGUUCACGUCACAUGACAUGUAGGCCUCCGAGGAAUGUCUUGCACCUACUCAAGCUCGCUAGACCCAGAGUGUGUAAGAUCUUUAAAAGAUGAGAUUUCUAGACACAUCCUCGAGAAAUAGACGCUAAAAUGUUGGCAAAUAUAUUUAAAAGAAUUCAUUUUUCAAAUUUCUUGCAUCUCUGAAUUAAUGGGAGGAGAAUACGCUUGUAUUUAUUACACAAAGUCAUAGAACUUGAUUUGCAUAAUCCAAACUGCAUGGUACCAUCAUUAUUCAGCUAUCCUUAUGUAUCACCAUCCACUGUGGGAGCCUCUGAAGUUAACAAGCAGACACCGCACUACAUAUUCCUUUAAUUCUUUUCUGAUGUAUUUCUGAUCCUCUCUCUGGGUACCCCGUCAAACGUAAACAGAGUUACAUCACACAGAGAUAUUUCCAGAACAGAAACAAUGGAGCUUAAUCACAAAAAUGUUUGGUUUCCGCCUCAGACUUUGAGAGCCUCUGCCAGACAAGCCAGACUAUUGUCCUAGAGGUCUGAACGGGCAUAAAAAGAAAUCCCUUGUAGAGAAAAACAAACUUUCGCCCCAAACAGUCGAUGUUCCAGUGCCGUAGCAGCAUGAUGAAGGUGGAGGGCUCAAGAUAAAGAGGCACCCUGAGAAAUUAUUAUUAUGGAAUCACACAUUGGUGUCACAAUACAAGUUUUGAAGCCAAUUGAUGGUGGUCCCUGUAUUGGAAUUGCUAAAUCGACUUAGCUUCAGACCAAACCUAAAACAGACAAAAAGAUGGAGAUGAAGGGGUCAACUCAGUCACGCCCCUUUUGACACACAUCUGUUACUGCCUUUAAAACAGGCAAGUUAUGAGAAAAUCCACCUUCCGGUAGAAAUAAAGAAAUGAGCUGUAGAGACAAAACUUGUGUUUGAUUGUAACAUGGGUUUUUAUCAUGGGUGUUAAAGGGGUUGUCCUGAGCCAGCCCCUAGUGGACACUGGCUAAACUGCAGCAUUUUGUAAUUCAGCAUUGACUGGAAGUUGCCACUUUUUUGCUUGCUGUUUGCUCCUUCAUCCCACUUUUGGGUCAGGAUAAGGCAAACCCUUGAAACAAGCGAAGCAGCAUUUAGCAUAUGUAAAGAUUGGUGAUGUGCCUCUCCCUCCUGUUACACAAAGUGAAGACAAAAUAUUACAAAUUUCUGGAAAAGGUGCUGACCAUAGACUGUAUAUAGAAAGGAUGCCGUCUGCCUCCUCGCUGGGUGAAGCCACUCUGAGAACAGCACCCUCUGGUGACAGGCUGCAGUAUAGGUCAUAAACCCUGCCUCUUCCAGCAAUCCCUAUGGAGUUGUGGACAAAAUUCAGAAAUUUAUUACGCAGAAUAUACAUUUUUUCUCUCCCCUGCUCGCGACGUUGACAUUUAGUUAUUAGACAGUUUUUUUUAUUCAAGCGUCAUCACAGCAACUCUCUGUGAUCAUCGCUGAAUGCGUACAACACUACUGCACAACGUUGGUUUCAGGAAAUGGAGAAAAAAUGGCGUAAAUACUGAGGCAUCAUACUGGUAGAAGGCGGAACCAAGUUGGCCAUAGUUACCCCUUUUUUAUGGUGGCAAAAUUUGUGUUAAAACUUAACUUCCCAGAAAAAUAAAUAAAUUGUUAGAUGUUAGGAACCAACCAUGAUGAUGGACACCUAACACUUUAAACUGGGUUUCAGUUUUAAAGUUUAACCCAUGUCCCAUCUGCUAACAUGGACGAGGCAGGGGAAACUCCAACUGUUCUGGCUUUACUUUUAGGAAGCUGUCAUCUUUUUAUAGUCUUCAGUUCUCUCCUCAUAAAAUCUCUCGGUGUCAAAGAUACACAAACAUCCUGACGUACAACAAUGGAAAUACAUUAUAAGAGCAGAAUUUUCCCGACACAUGGAAAUACAGUCUUGCGAUUGUGAUGCACUCACUCAAUGCUACAAUAAUAAUAGUCUCAGGCAACAUGACACCCCUGAUAAAGCUCUAUGAAGCCUCUCACUGUCUAAGUGCAGGCUGGUUUGUAUCGAAUCUGAGGCCUGCUUAAAGGACUUUUACACAGAGCAAAAAGGCUGUAAAAGCUGCUGUGGUGGUCAGGCUGCUGUUGUAUCAAUGUCCCCCCUCCUCCCACUUCAAGGCAAAGGCCAAGGUCGACCACUUUCUCACAUCGGCCGUUAUAACUCUGACCCAAGACCAUGUGUGUGACUAUCAGCCCUAAAAACAUUACACAAAUCCCACAGAGAGCUCUUGCAGCUGCUGGCAGGUCCAGAUAGGUUGCAUAAAGCCUCCAUAAACACCACUAUCUACUUUAAGGACUGCUGUGUUUUAACUGUCAAUAAAGCGGGGAUACUGCAAAAAGUUUCAUAUGCUGAGGGAGCUUCAAAGGAAGCUUUCUUGACUUUGUUGACCAGCUGAUAUGAAAUCUGUGUGUGUGAGGGUUUCAAAGUGUUGAUUCAUUCCUCUGAACUUCAACACCAGCAGCUUGUGUCUUGACCUUUGAAACCAAAUAGGGAUAUCUGUGAGUGUGUGUGUGUGUGUGUGUGUGUGUGUUUGUAAAUGUGCAUGUGAAAAAUGGUCACAGUGACACAGAUCACUGCACAUAAAUAUUCAUGAAUAAGAAGUGAUAAUUUAUUAUUCUCUGAGUGUUAUAAAGUUGUAAUGCCCUGAAUUUACUCUGGGAGUGUAGGCGGGUUUUUAAGGUCACAUUUCAUUUGCAGUUUUUCAGCUGCCUGUGGAAUAUCAUAUUCUUCUGACCAUAUCUAGAGUUUAAUUCUUGAUCCAGAUUUAUCCCUCAUAUAAUCUGUGAUUCAUUUCCAUCUUUAAUCCCUUUGUAAGUUUUGUCUUCCUCAUAAAAAGGAAAGAACUAAAAGGUGCUGGAAAACUGGCUGAGCAAGAUGUCUUACAUUUUAGAGAAACAAGCUGUGUUUCAAAGUGGUGAAAGCAGCUGGGGGACAAAAUACCAAUACAUAAUAUAAUUAUCAAUACUGUAACAAAUGGCCAAUCAUGCACACAUGCAUACAACUGGUGCCAGAUCACCAAAUCCCAUAAAUAUGGGGUCACAGAUUUCUCCGUAGUCUCCUUCAUGACUCCUUUUUACCAACCAACCAUAUUUUUUAACAAAAACUGAUUAACUUCCAUACAUACACAUUUGCAUUUUUGAAGAGAAACACACUCCUCUUUCAUAAUAUUAUGAGACCCCAGAGAGCAAUAAUAAAAAAAACUGUAAAAAGCUGUAAUUGCUUCUAGCUCCUGCACACACUUUAGCACAGGAAAACAAAAUUCUGUGCUCACAGCUCUGUUGGUUAUCUGUCAAUUAAUGCAGACCAUCUCCCUGGUGUCACAAAAAUGAAGAUGCGGCAGGAACAUUCAGUCCUGCAUAAGAUAAUCAAAUCAAAUGUGAACAAAACAUCAAUUUCUGGUUGCUCCUGUUGCCGUCUGAGGCCUCACGUUGUUUACCUACAGCUCUUUUUCUCCCGAGCUGAAAUAACACUUUGCUUGUACCGCUCAGGCUAAAAUCAAAUUUCCACUUUCUCAUAAAUCAGCUGUUGUCACUGCGUGGAGGAGGACAUCUAAUUUGCAUGGAGGAUUUGAAUGUGGCUGUGUUGUUUGUGCAGCUCGGAGGCCAAAAGCAGAGCAGGUUUCUGUCAUGCAGGAGCUCAAGCUGAAUUAAAGUGCAUCUCAUCAGCCAUCAAUCAGACGGAUGUCUAAUGAAUUAAAUAUAAAGCUGAUGAAUAAAAGCCUGCAGCCUGUGCUGAAAGGUGAGGACGAGGACCAUUGAGCACUCAGAGGUCAUGUCCUGAAGAUCUUUCCAGGAAUGAAGGGACCUAAAAUUUAUUUCACAUUGUAUUGAUUUAAAUUAUAGAGAGUGCAGUUUUAUGGGUAGAUUUAUAACUUUACUCUGUGUUUAGUGUGAUGCAGCUGAGACCUAAGAAAGUAAAUAUGUACUUUUUAUUUACUGUAAACAUAAUUUAGACAAUUUUAUUGCACUACAGUUAGGGCUAAGGGUUGUUUUUCCCAAGUACAUUAGCAGUAAUGGAUAUCACUAUCAGUAUAUCUGAAUGGUCAAUACAGCUGCUGCAUUUUUACUUAGUUGGAGCAUGUUAUAUUUAUACAUUGGUAAGUAAAAUCAUGCAGAGAUAGCUGAUUGUUGCAAACGAUAUUUUGGUCAAGGUCAUGUUAAACACAGUGCUUGAUAGGAAAUUAUGCCUCUUUUAAAAAAUUUUUUUGCAAAGUAGGAUGAAGUUUCUUCUUUCACACAUGCAUUCUCAAGAAUUUUUCAGGCGCUUCACAACCUAAUUUCUGUUUGCUCACAUUGAAUUUCCUUAAAUACCUCCUGCUGCAUUCUCAUCUUAACCCAAACAGGUCUAGCAGGAAAAAUCUCCGCUGUUUGUGUUCACACAUGUACUCCAUUGUGAAAAUUUCUACAACUUUAAGAGUUUUAUACAUGUGUGAACACAGUUAUUUUCUCACUCUUAACUUCUUGAAGUGAAACCAUCUCUAAUAAGACCUGAAUAAUUUGCUGACAAACACUUUGACCCCUUGCAGAAUGCUGACCUGAAUAAAAAAAAUGGAUUUGGGGAAGUUGUUAGAUCAGACAGACCAACAGUAAAGUUUUAGAUUUUGACUUAAGAAGUUUUAUACAUGUGUGAACACAGUUAUUUUCUCACUUUCAACUUCUUGAAGUGAAACCACCUCUAAAAAAGUGUACGAUUUGCUGACAAACACUUUGACCCCUUGCAGAAUGCUGACCUGAAUAAAAUAAUGGAUUUGGGGAAGUUGUUGGAUCAGACAGACCAACAGUAAAGUUUUAGAUUUUACAUAUUCAAAAAAGAAACAAAAAAGCAACACACAAGUGAGACCACAUUGUCAAACAUCUUGUUUAUCUGUCAUUGUUUUUGUAUACUAGUGAGGUUGCUACACCAAAGUCACCUCAUCGAUUUUAUUGGACAAAAAAAAAAAAAAAAGCCUUUCAGUGUGUGCAGUCCUCUAGGCUCCCCUUUUUUGGCGAUCGAUCCAGAAACACCCAAUGUUAUUGAAACUCUGCUGAUGACAGCCCAAUCGUUGACGGGUAGGUGAAGGCUUAGAUAAACAGACCCCAAACCCCCACAUGGUGCCUUCACGGACCCUCCCACUGAGCUUUGUCUUUUAAGUUACAUAACAGUAACAGGCAGUGAAAAGCAGCUCACCGUCUCCAUGCACGUCUGCCAACAGGGCUUUUGUUGAACACGCGCUGAAGAGCCAGCUCAGGUUGACUUUCACUGCUCGGCUUAAUCCCUUCUGAAAAAUAAACACCUCAUGAUAACCACAACUCUUUUCUGCUCUGUCAUCAAAUCUGCUUUCCCAUAUCUUUCACUGUUACUCCACACAGGGCUGUCUUUACAAGCCCAUAUCAAUCGAGGCUGGUAAAUUCAAGAGAGAGAAGCUUUGACUUGCAUUCUAACCGCCCUCUUAAGUGGUCUCUUUGCUUGACAAUGUAGUUUUCCUGCUCCAGCCUGCAGUAAUGGGAGUGUUAAUGGCUAAUGUGUGUCUCAACACGCUUGAGUACGCUGCGUCUGCUCCAAAACGGAGCUUUUAACAGUUGCUGGACAGCCACUGAGGGAGGCAAACAACGAGUAAUGCUUUGCACUGUUGGCCAAGUCUUUUGAGGUUUUACCCCGAAUCACCUCGUGUGCUUGCUGGAAAGUUGUACUGCAGUAACCUCUGCUGGGGAAGCAGAGCAGGGGGGUGCGGUCAGUGGAGCUCACAUAACAUAUUACUCUUCCUCUGAGUUUGUAGUAGCAAUGAAGCGAGUUGUGUGUGUGGCUUUACAGGCAUGGAUUGGGUAAUUCAGUGGGCAGAAAUUUCCCAGUUUAUGGAGAACUUAAAUACUCAGGGGGACUGUGCCAGACACUGUUUAGUCUCUCCAAGAACAAGAGGGAGCAGUUUUAACUCAACUUUACUUUUUUCCAAUCUUAUUUCAAUCCUAAACCCUUUGGAGUGAGUGAGUUAGUGGGUGAAACCAAAAAGGAAGCUCAGACUGGACUUUUAAGCCUAAAUGGAUUAGACAGCAGCCUACUCCCAAUGUCCGCCCAAGACCAACGCAUUGAAACUCUAUAAACUGAGACUGACGUCAGCAUAAAGUCUCCACGAAGUAAUGAAACACCAUUUCAGUUGUUGGUAAACCAUGAAGCUGAAAUCUUAGAACAUGUUCCAGGAAAAUAAGAUGUUUCUUUCUCAGUUUCAUUUUAUGAAAAGUGUAAAAAAAAAAGACAUAAUGACACCUUCACCCAGCACUGCAGACAGCAGGGAAACAGCCUGGUUCCACAGAGUCUAGUAAAAAUUACACCCAAAUAUCUGCAGUCAAUCCCGUCGUAUGGAAACAUGUUUGUUGUUUGUUUCAAGAUGUUGUGUUUUGUUACGAUGUGUUUCUUUACUAUGUGUUUUGUUAGGUUGUGUUUUAGUAUGCUGUGUCUUGACGCUAUUUCGUAACAAAGGGUCUUUGUAACAUGUUGCAUUAUACUGUUUCAUUACGUUGUUUUGAUACUUAGUUUCAUUAGAAUGUUUCAUUAAGUUGCUUCAUUCCAUUUUUGCGCAACAUACUUUUGCUAUGUUGUUUUGCUACGUUGUUUUGCUACGUUGUUCGGGUACAUGAUUUGGCUACGUUAUUCCGCUACGUUGUUUGCUACAUUGUUUGCUACAUUGUUUCACUACAUAGUUCCUCUACGUUGUUCUGCCACGUUGUUCCACUACAUUGUUCCUCUACGUUGUUUCACUACGUUGCUCCGCUACGUUGUUCCGCUACAUUGUUCCGCUACAUUGUUCCGCUACAUUGUUCCGCUACAUUGUUCCGCUUUCUUGUUUUGCUACGUUGUUUUGCUACAUUGUUUCACUUUGUUGUUUUGCUAUGUGUUUUUGUUCUGUUGUUUCAUUCAUUUUUUUCAGUAUGUUUUUAGUGACGUUGUUUUGUCUCCUUAUGUUGUGUUAUGAAGUUUAGUUUUUUGUGUUUUGUAACAUAACUUAGUUUUACAUCAUGCUGUUUAAGGCUGCUGUGCUAAUUUACAUGUGUUGCAUAUUGAGGUUUCAUUUCAUUUUGUUGCAUUCUGUCACAUUUUGCUGUCUUGUAUUACAUUGUGUCAGAUUACACUGAAUUAUGUUUCUUCACAUUGCAUUGCCUGCAUGAUGUUGAGUUACUUACAGUUGGGAUGACAUGAUAAUCUUAUGGACCAGGACUGCUGUGCUAGUUCGAAUUUGAAAUUUGAAUUUGAAAACUACUUGUUUUGCAGGAAAUGCCUCUAAUUUUAAUGUCAUUAGUUCAUAGUUACCGUAGAAGCUGAAUUAAUGUGGUGGGAAAACAAUAUGCUUGUCCUGAGUAAAAUGCACAGUAAGCAAUCUUGCUGCACUGAAGUAAAAGCACAGCAAAGUUACUCAAGAAAAAUGCAGUUAGUUACAUUCCUUUGCCGACCGCAGACUGAUGGAAAAUAUGUGUUUAGAGCUAACAAAGUCAGUGCGAGAGCCUUUAAUAACUUGCUGUUUUUACCGUGGGAAAUCCGGUAGUCAUCUUGGACUUGAGUCAGAGACUGUGAGUCUGCAGGAUCCGAGACUGGGACCUUGGCAGCUUUUAAAGGGCAUUCUCCUGUUUUUAAAACAGACACUUGAAAGGAGACAUCACUCCUGAGUGAAUGAGUGAAAUGUCAGUCAUACAGAAAAGGUAAUUUUACCUGUCUGCAGUGACAGAGAAGUGUUUGUGUUAUUCAUUGCAACGACUUUCUCCCUCACUCUGUGAAUGUGACGUAAAUUUUGAGUGUUGCAGGCGGCUGUAACAUCAAUCAGUCCCUGAAAGCAGAGGCAGCCUUUGAUGAUUCAUACAGAUUUUCUGCAGCUUGACUGAGCAUGAAUCUUUUACUGUACAGGCUUUGUGAAAAGUGCGAAUCUGGCUAAUUGCUGCAGGGUUUGGAGAAAAUUUUCUGAAUUUUGUUGCUGCAAAAGCAGAGACAGAAAGAGGUCAGCUUAUCUGAUCAACUCUUCAAUGCAGCAUUAACAUGAAAUCCUAAAAAGAUUAAGGAGUCAUAUCAUCAUCUUCUAAUGUUUAACACCAAUUUUCUUAAAAGUUGAUCUCCAUGUUUUAUCUGUACAUCACAAACCAACUUUAAGCCGUUUUAGUCUGCAGAGCUCCAACAUGACAGGACCCUGUUUGAUCUGAGGCCUGUUUGCUUUAUUAGAGACGACACGAACAACAGGUCACCUUGUUAACCCUGGACUCCUACAGAGAAAGAGGGGAUGCCUCACCACAGGGUAUAAAAUAAUCAUCCCCACAUGAAGUUUGAUGUUCAAUUCAGGGUCUGACAAAAAUUCAAAACAAACUGCGAUGUUGUGUGACUCCCAGCAGAGCUAAAUAUGAUUUACUUCAAGCUCCAAGAGUAAAUGGCGUGACAAACAUUAAAUCUGUAAACCUGAAGCAAUGCUGAUUCCUAAUGGUUUGCACUGAUGUUUACUCUGCUUUUAAACAACAUGUUCUCUGACAAACACAUGCUUUUUAUCCUGUGCUAACUCAACAAGAAACUCAGCAAAAGGGGCAAGAAAGCAUGUGUUUUACAACACUUUACAGUUUUGAAUUACAGACAUUGAAAUCAUGCUUAUGAACUUUAUAAAAUCAACUUUAACAAACAGUUUUUUCAAGUAUUCAGCAAUUUUGGAGCAACAUAAAUGCUCAUUUUGAGUCAAUUGAAUCUUGCCUUCAUUUUUCCUCUGUUUAUGGUCUUAACCAUCUUGAUGGACAGGUUUUUAAGUGGCCAAAUGCUUCACUAUGUAUACCUAACAUUUUUUUUUUCUGCAGCUUGACAGUCUAGUAAAUCCUUCUAUUGUGAAUAUUUAUGUGCAAAUUGUAAAAAAACAGGGCUGUUUCUUCAGCUGCUAGGUUAACACAUUAAAAGAUUACAAUUUAAAAAAACUCCUCACUGGUGCUUUAAAAGAAUGCCCUGUUAUGUUGAGCCAGAGCCUAAACUCUGGUGUCAGUUUCAGAUCCACUGCAAGAGACUCAACUUCUGAAAGUUUUCAACAACAGUUAUAUAAUGAUUAAGAUUAAAUAUAUUCACUUAUUUAUCAUCUGUGGCCUGUUGCACCAGUUCAGUGUACACUGUGUCUCAAAGUUGUGUAAGUUGUUGCUUGAUUUACGCAGAGUCUACCAUCCAAAUUAACCAAAAUAUCACAGAUAUGACAUUUACGCUUCAUUUAAGCCAAUCAGUGAAAACCUCUCCUCUAAAUAGCGUGUUUGUUUACAUGCUGACUCUUGUGCUUGAUUGCCACCUAACAGGCCAACAACUGAAAAUAGCUGCCUUUAACUCCUGCUGGCCUUACGCAAACUUGUGUAACAGCAUCAUAGAAGUAUGCGAACUAUUAUAAAGCCCUUGGAUGUGGUAAUAUUCUUAAGCUAUUAUAAAAUAAUAACGGUGACAUGUUUCUUUGCCAACAUUAGUCCUCUCCCAUCAUAAUAUCUCUUAUCAGAUAGACCAUAAAUAACUGCAGUGUUGCAAUAAUUUCAGUGAUGAUUGUGGAGUAAAAGCCACAGAAGAGAAUAAUGGGGUGAUGUGAAUUAUCUCACUACUUAGUGCAGUUUUCACUCCUCAUAGUAAAGCAAAGACAGCACAGAGCCAGGUGGCUGCUGAGGUGAGAUAAGAAGGGUGUUAUUUCUUUAAUGACGGCCUUUCGUAGUUUCUUCUGAUAGUCGUGACUCCGAGCCAAGAUGUUGGCUCACAGGCUUAUCUCAACAACACCUUCUACUUGUACUUGUCCAGAAUCAUUGUACCAAGAUAUAAAACAUUAGACGAAGAUUAAGACCUUUGCUUUUUCUUGCAGUCAGCACAGUCUUGGGUUGAGAUGUAGUUUAUCACAGUUUGAAGCCUCUUUGUCUGAAGAGGUUAAGCAGGAACAUGAGUAAACAAACGCACUGUAGGUAUGCAGAUAAAACAGACCUGACCUUGUACUUGAACACAGGAAUGCCUGAUUGGUUGAAAUGGAUGGGUGUGUUUAAAGGGCAGUUGAGAUUUUCAGCUCGAUGCACUGACGGCUCCAGGAAGGUUUCAGGGGUCAGACAUGAACAAGGUUCACAGCAGUGCUCAGAUUCAUCAGACUGAUGCAGUAAUUCAAGUAGAAAGGGAUACACAGUGAAGCUGAAAUAAGAAGUCAAUCCACUGAAAAAAGUUCUGUGGUGGUUAAUUAACUACUUAAAGAACGUAUCAGGGAUUUUUAGCAAGAUCCGCACCCCAUUGAAAUCAGUUCUGUUAGUGAUGGAAAUUAUGGCUUAGCUCAGCAAACGCAAAUUCAAACAGCUCUUCAUGAUACUAUCUUGGCUUUUAUUAUUCAGCCAAUUUAGCAAUAUUUUUAUUUUUAAUUGUAAUAAACUUUAUCAUUCCCAGAAUAAAACAAGAUGAAAACAUAAAAACAUUUAUUUAAAUGUUAUUUUUUUAUUGAAAGAAACAAAAUAAAAUAAAUAAAAAAUAAAAAUUUUAUUUAUUUAUUUUUUUAUUAUAUUAACGUUUUAUGUAUUUAUUUAUGUAUUUAUUUUAGUUUUUAAAAAAGUAUUGCUAAAAUGUUCUUUUGUUUUUCAGUUUCUUAAUAUGGAAAUUUUCUAAACUCCUUUUUAUAUAUAUAUAUAUAUAUAUAUAUAUAUAUAUAUAUAUAUAUAUAACUGUAAACAAAGUUAAAGUUUUGGGAGAUGUGAAUGUUGUUUAUAUGUAUUGCACAUGCACCAAGAUGGCAAGCUAGUGUUUUCUUUAGGUCUGCUGUAUACUGUGAGGUUGAAUUGAAUGUUAACAUGAAAAACUAGCUUUACCUGAUUAUACUGCGGUGCAGGGGUACAUAAAUACAUCGUGCUCAAUAGGUUUGCUCUGCACACAGAUUAAAAAGCACUAAUAUAAUAGCUAUAAUUGCUGAAGAAGACGCCCUUUAUGCACACAGUGUCCCUCUAUGAUGUUUUGAUGUGACAGAUUACACAAUAUCCCCACUUACUGGUCUUGCAUGCUUAUGUGAGCACUUUAAACAUUCAGGCAAACAUUCAGACUUCCUCCAGGAGUGUAAGGUAUUAUUUUAAAACUGAGAAGAAAGUCAAAUUUAUAAAUAUCCAUAUACAUGUCCUUGUGGCCUAAAGUAUUUUUCAUGGCUUGUAGUGAAAAUAGGUGUGAAAUCAGUACUGUCCUCACAGGUUUUCAGUAUAAAACACUCACACUCACUCACUCAUCCUUAUUCAUCCUCCUGUCCUGUAAGCAGAUGACGGAUCAAAGCUUCCUUUCAGCGUGAUCACUGUCACUGGGUAAAAAGGCAUUAUGUAAUGAGUCUGCCCAACACUUCCCGUGCUUAUCACAUCCCAGUCAGAGCAGCUUUUCACUUCUUGAAUGCAGCUGUGGUGUUGCCAUCUCUCUCCAGCCAGCCUUAUAAAUCUGCAGCUUUGUCGCCGUGACAAUGGGAGCGAGGACAGAGUGAGCAGUGUAAUCUCUCAGGCCUGGUACAGGCUGAAACACAGACACAGACAAGUGCAACCCAAAUGCUGCUGAUUUAAAAGACAUCUGCAUCCACUCAAGGUUGUGCAAUCUUUUGUGAAGGCCUCAUGAUGCAGUUUGAUACCAGAGUUACGCAGAAGGAAAACACAGACUUGAUCAAGGCUGAAUGUCUUAGUCAAAGAUUGUGUUCUAAGCUGAAUAAAUCUGUUUUUAUUGAAGACUUUUUGUUGCAGUUUUUCAAAAAAUCACAGCACAGCAGGACACAAAUCCGUCUUUUCUGGUUUUGAUCUGUGAAAUAUGCUCAAAAAUUGCCUCUCCUUUUUGCUGUGUUUUGUCUACGCUGUGUCCUGUUUCUGUUUGUUUUGCAGCAGCUUUCCACUCUGUAUCCAUCUGCUCGGCGAGCCCACCUCGCUGUCCUACAUUCCUCUAAGUGGGGAGCUUUAGAGGCUUCGUGAGAAAAUGAAAAAGUGAGAUGUGACGGGUGCUGAUCUGUCUGCUUAUGAGCCUGUUUGACCUUGUUGGUCCUUCAGAAGAGGUUGAACUGAGAGUCAAGGUCUGGACAGCGUUUUAUUUUAGAUAAUGUGACACGUGAAGGGAAAAAUGCUCCUCACAGUUGAUCAAAACAGACAGUCGUCUAACUGAGAAUGUAAACGGUCGAUUUGCAAAUCUUCUGUCCCCCGCUGAACUUGUCACAGCGGCUGGUGCCAUCUCUCUACGCUUCACGCUGAGCAGACACACACACACACACACACAGUCUGAGACGCUGACCUGGUUGUGUGCUGCACAUGUGACAUCCUGGGGCGAGAGAGAAUGAGAAAGAAAGAGGGAGAGAGAGAGAGGGAAGUGAGAGACAGAGCGUAGAGAGAUUCUGGUGAAGGUCAGCAGACGGUCAGUGGCUCACGGCCUCGGCACUGACCAGACAGGAACAAGGCGAUGGGGGGACGGCACAUCAAGAGGCAGGAAAUUUGGGAUUGUUAUCCAGGGUUGUCUAGUUUGACUGGACAGGGGCGUAUCCAGAAUCCUUGACUGGGGUGGCCCAGCUGGGGCACUGACUUCUGCAAGGGUGGCAUUAAAUAUAUAUGUAUAUAAUGCAUAAAUAAGUAUCAUUUAUUAAGCUUUUCUGUCUUCAGUAGUCAUCUGUACUUCAUCUACUCAUACAAGUAUUUAAAUGAUAUCAGAUUCCUAUGUAUAUUAUUCCCCUAUUUACUCAAAUAGUAGCAGAGCAGAGUCACAGAUCACAUAUUCUCUCGUUGCUCAAAAGAUAAAAUACCUAUAAAUGUCGGCCCUGCUGGCCUCGUGGUAUUUUGGUGCUUUCCAUGUUCUUCAGAAGUUGGAAAUUGGAGCUGGGAAUGACGUCACACCUGAGUUAUCAGCGUUCCAGUUACAAAGUUGGGAAAGAGUAGCCAACAGCCAAAAACGGAAGUGGAAACAAGAUAGGUACAUCUGCAAAAGUUGUCCUCGCACUUACCUUGUCUGAAUAUAAACAACUUCUAGACAAAUAUGCAGUCCCUCUGCAACCUGCAAACACGAUGGAUGGAGAGGAAACACAAAAGCACAGAAGGUAGCCUAUUUUUUCUCAUCACGAAAGCUUCUACUUACUGUUUACAACUGGUGCCGCCAUCUUUAAAUGACUUUCUGAGUCGGAGAUCCAACCUCGGGGGUCAUUCCAGUUGAAAGUUCCGUCUCAGAGAGCGGAAAUCCUGACUUCCGAGUACAACUUUAUCAUCAUUUGCAUGCCUCAUUUAUAGAGGUUAUGCUGGUUCAGUUCCAGGCUGCGGCUCCUUUCCUGCUCUCUGUCUCCAGUUUCUCCUCAGCCUACUGUCCACCUAAAUGUAUAGGAUUCCUCACUGACAUCUCAUACAAUAAUCUUAAUCCUUCAUAGUUUUAUUCAUGUUAAAUCAAACUCUGAUUUAAGUUCUGCCAAUUGAGAUUUCAGUGAGAGUUUUGAAGGGUGCUCCUCUCAGCAAUAAUACAUGAUUUUCUGACCUGUUGGUUCUCCUGUUAAACUAAAAAUAAACCAUUUCCACAGUAGUUACUUGCUACAUCAUCUAAAUUUCUAUGGUAUUUAAUGAAGGAACACAUGUGUCAAGUUGUAGGUAAUUGCUGUAUUUGGAUUCACAAAAUUGAACACAACGAUUAAUAUUUAAAGGGAGUACUCCUCUUUAUUCACAUAUCCACCCUGCAGAGCUUCUACUUCUUGCUCUCCUAUUUCAUCCCUUUGAUCCUGCUCCUCUUUGGUGCCAGUAAAAUCUAAAAAAAAAAAGACUGAAAGCUCAGAGCAGCGGAGAAAACAGCCUGCGCUCAUUUACAUACAGCACAGACACCUACCAAGUUUUUGCUACAGGCUGCAUAAUGCAGAUCACUGGGUGUAGCCUUUUGCUGUAAAGAACCUACUUAUUAAAUAUUAAUGCGGUGCAGCGUAACUGCUCGUCGUCGUGGAGGUAUGAGGCGAGAAACUGACGUGUGGGAGACAAAGCUCUUUGUUACAGCGAGGUUUUGGACCCACACAGUCUGAGACAAAGGCGUGCUUUCAUAUACGAAGCCUCUGUGUGGAGAAUCACAGUGAAAGAGGAGCUCUAUACUGAACAUCUACAUCUCUGCUAAUCCGCCCUCUGGCUGACUCAUCACUCACCUUUCCUCAUUUGAAGAUAACUCAUCGGUCUUGAUUAACGGGAAAGAGAUCCUACUCUGAUUCAGGUCAAUGAGACUGUCACCACUUAAGGUCCAGCGAGUGUUUCUAACGGAGGGGAGGAUUUUCACCUCAAUGUUUCUCUGUCUCUGUCAAAUAUAUGACACUACUCAAAUGAAAGCCAGAAAACGAAAAACAAAUAAUGGAUUUUGGUGUCAGAAGUGGUUUUGAACUUGCUAGACUUGUAUUUUGUCUUUCAGUCUUCAAGUGCAAUAUUUUAUUCUUCUAACUGAUAUGGAUGAUAUUGUAUUUCCCCUCCUGUGCUGAUCAACUAAAUUCAGACAGAAGAUAUAAAGACCCCAAUGAGCGAUGAGAUUUGUGGAGUUGAUUUAGUCUUCUUGGAUUUGGAGAGAAGUGGUUCAGUCUUCCACGGUCUCUGUUGGUGACUCAGACUUGUUUCAAACUGGUUGAUAUCUUGGCUUGUUUUGUUCUGUCUGCACUGUUAUGCUCAUCUGAUCGAGUUUACUCUCUACACUCAACUCCCAUGGGUCUUAGUCAAAACACAUGCCAAGGGUGAAGUCGAUCGGAUGAAAGGCUCUCUGCAGGACAGUCUUUGACAAGUACAAAGACUCAGAGUGAAAUUCUAAAUUUGGCAAUGGUUCCUUCAAAUUGGUAAGAGUACCAAACAAAACAGAUUUUGGACAUUUUCAAAUGAAUCUAAAAGUUGUGGCCCAUUCAGAUCGAUGUCUCUGGACCAUGGACUUUAUAAAAUAUGAAUGUAGCAUCGAUGCAGCCCGUUGAUUUCUGAGGAAGUGUUAUGAAACAAUGGCUAUUUUUUAAGGUGGAGGUGGACUUUUGGCAUACAGCUCCAACAAAGAAGGCCUGUUUGAGACGUGAUCUCAACCUGAUGUCAGGUUAUACCGUCCUUUUCAGACUAUGCUAAAAGACAAACUCACCCGGCCACACUGCCCAAGACACGCCCACUUGGAAGUCCAUUUCACUGCAUGUCUUUUUCCCUCGUUUUGUACAAUGUCGAUCCAUUAUGUCUCAGAAGCGUUCUUUUGAUUGUGAAGGAAAGUCACAGCUUUUUUCAAUAAGAAAACUAUGGGGAGUUUUUAUGUUUUCCGAACAACAGCAGCAACCUCAUAGCUACGUGUGCUUUGCUUUGUCAUCAGUGAUGUCCUUAAAGCAGCUGUGUUUUUAUCUCUUUCCUUAAAUUUGUCUGUUGUAUCUUUAAAACAAAAUACUACAAACACAAUCAUGUGAGCAAAUGUCAUGUGAGGUAAGCAGAGGUUAGUGUGACAGCCUUCAGGAUCCAGUUCAACCUAGUUAAGAGCAGAGCGAACAAACAUCAGAAUAGAAAGUUACUGUUGUUUUGACACGAACACUCGAUCCUUCAAUCCUUCUCCACACACCCUGAACCCACCUACCUUCCUGCAGCCAAUCACGAGCCGGCAUCUGUGUGCUGUUUACAAGUCUCAUGCUACCACGACCAAGCAACAGGCCCCUGGGACGUGGACACUGGGACUGGGGACCAAGUGUUUCUCAACAUCAGGAGAAAAUAAACAACAGCUCAGCGCUGACGCCAGAAGGGGGACUGACAUGAUUUCCUCCUUGUAGAUGAUGAAGCGCAGCAGCAGCCCACUCUGCUGUCGCUGUGUUCCAGCUCUGUAAUACCUAUAAUCAGAUUACCACCUUUUGAAUAGUAAGUGAAGUGGGAUUAUUUAUGUCUUAUUUCACUUGCAGUGAGCUUCACAGCUGCUCUGAGUGAUGAAAAACCACAGUGACCAAAAACACUUUAUGGAAUAUUUCUUUUUUUCCUUCAUGGAAAUCAGUCUCACUGUGAUUGACUAAAAACUGAAUAUUCAUGGCAGUUUUAGUGGUGACUCUUGAUUGCUGCUUGUUUGGUUUCCGUUUACAAGCCUCAGUCUGUGGCGCCGGAUACAGAGAGACAUUUUUGACUCCAUUCAUACCCCCAAGUCUCAACUAAUGAUGUCAUGGCGUGUGGCACAAGCAGGGCUCUGUCGAAUAUAUCAAUGGUUAGCAUUUAGCUGUAAAGUGUAGUAAUUGAGCUGCGAAUAAUAGUUGUUUAGUCACAACCCUGUCAUCAAGCUCUGUGAGCUCCCAGAUGUUUAUCCCCCACGCCCAGCUGACGUUUGACGACCACAGACAUGACGAUGAAGAUGAGUGUUACUGAUGUUUUCAACGCUUCAGACGUCUGAACUUUUAUGAAACAUAAAGGUUUAGGCUCACAAAGGAACAGAGCCAACCAACAUGGAGGAGAGUAUUUUAUCAGAUUCAACGGCAGGAAAUUGUUCCAGUGGGGGUUUAAAAUGCAAUAUGUUGAAGAUUUGCUUUAAAGCUGAGUGAUACAGAUUUAUUGCAUGUUUUCAAAUGAUUUAACCUGCUGAACCGAGGCAUGUGUGGAAACAGGAGCUGUUUUUGUGGUCUGAGCUGACCCUUUGUUUCAGGUCAAUUUUAAAAAGAGAGUUAACAUUCACUCGGCUUCCAGUCAAUUUGAGUGCAACUUGCAGGUUAAAGUUUUCACAGCAUUAAUAUGUAACUUUGUCUGAAAAUAGCUGCUGAAAAUCUUAAUCCUUGUUUACUUAUGUUAUUUUGAAUUUAGAGGAAAAGAAUGGCCGUGUUGACUGAAACCACAUGCUGGUAUAUCUCACAAGAAAACAGCCUCUAAAAACCAUCAGGAAAAAUGAUCAUUUAUUAAAUCAGCUUGAGUUCAGGACUGGGUGUGGAAAUACAGGACAGAUUGUUCCCCUUAUUGAGUGACAUGACAAUAACAAUUACACAGACAGAUCCAUCUCUUCUUCUUGUCUCCUCUCUACAUCAGCUGUAUCCUCACUGUGUUAUCAUAAACUAACAACACGGGAUCUGAGCGCAGCGAUACGGUCGGCUAACGCCUGUCACUCUCCACGCCACCUGCACUGUUCUCACUGGGUUUCAUGUCUCCUGUGGUUCCUCCUAGUUUUUGACUUUUAACAGACUCAUGAUCAUACGCUUUGGUCUGUUUAUGCUAAUAAAUAAACAUUUUCUUCCUCUUUCUUGUCAGGGCUGGCACGUAGAUCCGCAUUCAUGAAUGUUAAGCAUUAGCUUAAACAGACUCUCUCUAGUAACACCAUAUUGGGUUGUCUGUUUUUUAAGCAGAAGUUAAAACUCACAAAAAAGACUCCAGAAGACACUGUAGUGUAUUGAUUUCCAUAUUUUAUUGAUCUUGUCUUUCCAAAUCAAGUUUCCAACCUGCAAAUUGCCAUGUACAGGUAUCUGUUAAAACGGAUUUUUUACAACUUGUAGUUUUGGAGGGAGAGAGUUUUUUAUAUCACUGUUUUUGUUUCUUAUUUUUGUAUGAAUCUGUCCCAAUUUGGCUUGAGUUGUGUUUAUACUUGUAGUGAAUCACCUUGUUCGCAUUAUGCUGCCUUGUCAUGCACAGCGUGUGGAGCUAAAAUGAUGUUUUUCAUACUGAACUGAGGAUGUAAGGCUAAAUAUCUCCCAACAUCCUCUUUAGACUCUCAGUCUAUGACAAUGAUGUGACUCAUGGUCAAAAACUGCUUUUCAGAGUUUCUGCUUUCGUCAUGUUUAUUGCCAAAACUGUUGUGUAUAAAAUCAAGAUUAAACUCCUGUUUAAGAGGCUUUUCAUCUCUGUGUAUAUAAAACAGAAAGGGCACACAUUUGGUUUUGGUAUUGAUAAGUUCUCACAGCUGUUUGUGUGCGUUUUACCAUCCAAUAACAUCGGCCCACAGCAGAGUUUUGUAUGGAAACAGCCUCAGAGCUGACAUGCUGAAAGGUUGUGUGGACAAACUGGAUGCUUUAUGUUCUGUUGACCUAUUUCACAAAGAAAAUAGUCAGUUGUUGUGUAAAAUUACCUUUCCUGAACCAGAAUGAAAGUAAUCAUAGAAAAAUUGCAUUUCCCUGCGAUUGCUAAAUGGCAUUGCACAUGUCAGAUAACCUCCUGGGGUUUGAAAUAUGGGGCGUCGAUACCAGGAUCAAUAACAUAAGUUAGCAGCAAAUAUAAAAUACCCUUAUUGAUCUUUGAGAGGAAAUCUAAAUGAGGUCAAAUCAAGUUCUUGGCCUGAUUAUGAGUCCUUGCCAAAUCAUAUUUAAAGGUCUUGGCAGGGUAAAUCCAGGGUCAGCAGCUAAAAUGGUUGUAAAAGUUAAUCUCUGCAGCCAACACUCUGAUUUGUUGAGGGUCUUUCCACUUCUUUAGCGAUGGAUUUUAAUCUGAACUGAGUCUCCAGUAUCCUGUAUCAGCAGGUUACAUCAGGUGAACUCAGCUGAGGCAGCAAUAUCCUGUGAUGAGCGGUCUUAGUCUUUAUUUUCCCCUGCUAAAAAAAAAAAGUGCUGUCGGAGCCCCCGAGCUGUCUGCUUCUGUCAGAUUAUAGACACUGCCUCUUCACUACACUUCAUUCCACUCUGCUUCCUCCUUUUCUAAAUCCUACAUCCCUCAAUCCCCUCUCUCCAGUCCAUCUCUUCCCUCUUUACGCCAACUGCUGCUCACUCUUUCACUCCUUUUACUUUAUUAAAGUGAAACUUGGCUGCUGUUUUAUGUAUAUACCAUCAGUUUAGUGAGUUAUCUCACAUCUGUCCAAAAUAAUACCUUUGUCUUACAAAUUGAUGUCAUCUUUAUAUGUGUCAGGCCUCUCAGACAGAAGAUUCUACUUUUUAAUAAUAGAUGUUUUCGGAUACUAGUGAGUGGAUUAUAAAGAGGCUUUAUUGGAUAAUGUUGUCGCAGCAGGGGGUGACGUCUGACCAUUUUAGAUUGGAUUUUUUGUUUAGCUUGGCUGCUUAAUAUUUAUAGAAAUACAGAGUUUAAGGGAAAAAUUACAAAAGGGUCAUUUCAGGACACCAGCUAGCUUAUACUGAAGUCGACAAGCGAGCAAGUUCUACACAUUAAGCCAAAGAUAAUCAUCACCCAGCUCUGUUGUGUUUUCAGCUUUACCCUUUUGGCAUCUUUUUAUGUUAGUGUUUAAGUUUUGUCGACUCCCUUACAGUUAAUCAGGUUGACUACAACAUGACCCGACAUGUAAAACCGAGCAAAUGUUUGCUAAAAUGUUACGAUAUCAGCUUCAUUUUUACAUGACUGUAUUUCAGUGUUUGGUUGCAGUGAUUUCCUUUUCAUUAUUGACUUAACACACAGCUCAAGCCAGGCUAUCUGGUUUGUUUGCUCUUUAAAUUAAUAGAAAUUAUACUCGUAGCAUUAACAUGUUUAUGUCUGCCCCCUGCAGGUGAGCCAAGGUAAUGUCCCAGGUGUGGAAAGUGCAUCUCUGGCCAUGGACACAGAGGAGGGUGUGGAGGUGGUGUGGAACGAAGUCCUCUUCUCUGACAAGAAGGUCUUCAAAGCACAAGAGGUAUCACAAUUUUAUCAAAUGAAAAAAUAUAUAUAUGAGUCAACACACUCAGCUGUAUUCUAUAUAUAGUUGAUCAUUGCUUCACUCUCUGUAUACAUCAUAUUCCACUGGCUUUGCCUUUCGCUGGAGGGUUUGCCUGCAGCCAAGACUAUUUUUGUCCUUCCCUGUGUUUUAAAAUUUAUCAAGAGGUUUCAAUCAGCUAUGAACUACAAAGACCAGAACUUUCUUUUUAUGAUGAUUUUUUUAUGACCUGUUUCUCAAGUCUGGAAGCAAACACUGAAAAUGUUGAGACAACUUAUGUGGAAACCAUAAAGACAGGGCUGUUUCUUCAGCUGCUCGGCUUAAGUGAACUCCUCAAUGUCCAAACAUGUCAACAACUCCUCAUAAGAGCUUUAACAAGGACUUCUUUUGGCCCUUCUGUAAAUGAAUGCUCAUAAAUGACAAAGAAAAAAGUUAAUAUUAAUCUUUUAGUACUUUAUUCAAUUUUUUACUUAAAUGUUCAAGUAUUAAUCAACUUUUUUACACCUUAAGCCACAGUUUGCACCACCCUCAGGUGAAUUUGUUGCUCUUUAUAAAAUCAUCACUUUCACCGUAGCUACUUUAUCCCAUAACCGUCACUAACUGUGUCUUUACCGCCCGAUAUGAUUACUUAUUUAUGCAUUUAUUUACACUUCUCAUCUCAUCUUAAGAAAGUCAGAUUUAUGGUCGGCAUGUUAUGGUUUAAUAUAAAAAGGUUGUGACUGAUCUCUUCUUUGUGUCUCAUAGGAUAAAAUCAAGGAGAUGUUUGAGAACCUGAUGCAGGUCGAACACCCAAAUAUCGUCAAGUUCCACAAAUACUGGCUGGACAUGAAGGAGAGUCAGGCGAGGGUAUGUCUUUGUUUCAUCCUCUCUGUUUCCUUCUUUCUUCUUCUGUUCUCCUAUUUUCAUUUGGGUCCACUAACACCUCUCUCUCACUCUCUCUCACUCCUCCAUCUGUGCCUCGCAGGUUAUAUUUAUCACAGAGUACAUGUCGUCUGGCAGCCUCAAGCAGUUCCUGAAGAAGACAAAGAAGAACCACAAGACAAUGAAUGUGAAGGUCAGUGUUUUUACUCUGGUCACAUACUCACUGUGUCGGUGUCUCAGUCUGUGAUGUGCUGUGGUGGCAGCACCGGAUACUGCAGUCAAAUCCUCACUCAAAUCCAUAUUUCCUGCAGGAUUAGAGAUUAUGUAACCGGACAGCCCUGGUGGUUUAGCCUUCUUAGACAUAUAUUUCAUCCUCACAGUGUUUAAAACCUGCUUGUAGAUUAUCCAGUGUCCUCUUGCUCUUUUUUUGCUCACUUCACUACACAUGCUGCUUUUGUUAAAAUCUAAUGCUUUAUAUCAACUAUGUUUACAUGUGAGAAAAAAGCCGUUGUAACAGUGCUGUAUUUGCAUCAUAUUUAUAUAUUCCUAUGGCUGAUUGCAGUACAAGAGUGCACUGUAAAUUUCCAUGAGGUCAUAUUUUUUGUUUCACUGUCUUUCAGGCCUGGAAGAGGUGGUGCACCCAGAUUCUGUCCGCCCUCAGGUACUGACUGAUUACUUUCUCCGGGAUUUGAAUCAUCUGAGAUUAUCUCUCAUCACGUAAAUCUCAUUAACCAGGUGUUUCAUUAUUUUCUGGCAGCUAUCUACACUCUUGUGACCCACCGAUAAUCCAUGGCAACCUGACUUGUGACACCAUCUUCAUCCAGCACAACGGCCUCAUCAAAAUCGGCUCAGGUCUGCUCCCCACAGGGCUUUUUGUGUAACUGCAGCUGGUGUUGAGACUGUUGUGGAUUUCUGGAUUCACUUAUUUAACUUGAAUGAAUAUCACAAUUAUGCUUAAAUUUCUUUCCACAGUUUGGCAUCGGCUUUUUGUAAAUGGUAAGAAAAAAAAUAAUUUUGUCGUGGCUGUGUCUUCACUGGUGUCACACACAUAGGUCAUUUUAGUUACGCUAACCUCACCAUGUUGUCUGUGUCUUUCUAUCCAGUGUUUCCAGAUGCGAGCGUGCACGGCAAAGGGAGGCAACAUCGUGAUGAGCAGAGGAACCAGCACUUUUUCGCUCCAGAAUAUGGAGGUAAAUGAGGAGCAGUUAAUUUUGCAUGGAGAUUAAUGUAGCUAAAAUCAUUUAAAAUCAUUUUAAUCUGUUUUAACUUUCUUUAUUUCAGUGUUUCACACAUAAAGUGAACGUUUUGUCACUCUCUUCCUUGUCUUAACAUGAGUUUAAACUCCCUGACAUUGGUAAAAUUAUAAACAGAAAGCAAGUUUGCCAUGUGAUUUUUCUCAAAUCCUCAACAACUAAGGGAAAUUUGUAUUUUUCCCUUAAGCAGCAAAAUUGAAGAGCCAGCUAGAGGAACUGUGCAGCAAUCUCUUAAAAUAUUAAUUGUAAUGGAGUCAAAGUCAAGAUGCUUUGUAUCCAAGCAAAAAUAAUCUGCUCCCAAAUUUAAUAUUUGAACCAAAAAGACUAAAAUUAAAAAAUCAAAGCACAGUUAUCCUCCCAUUCCACAAAAAGUAGGAUUCUGUUUAAAAUAUUAAUUGUAAUGGAGUCAAGGCAAAAUAUUUUGUAUCCAAGAAAAUAAUCAACAGCUUCCAAAUUUAACAUAUUUGAACCAAAAAGACUAAAACAAAAAACAAAAAAACAAACAAACAAAAAAAAACCCACAUUAUUUCCCAUUUCACAAAAGUCUGGAUUAUGUGUAAAAUAUUGACAGAUUAAAUGUUUUUGAAAACAUUCGAAUUGAAAACAGUGCAUAGAAAACACAUCAAAUGUUGAAGAUAACUUUUUUAAAUUGAUUUAUGAAAAAUAUAUGCUCAUCUAAAUUUGGUGGAGUAAGAAGCUCCUUUGCUGCAAAAACUAAAUGAUCCCUUUUUUUCAGGCUUGACUUGAAAUGUUUUCUGUCUCACCUUCUCCAUCUCUCUUUCUCCUCCUCUGUUCUCAAGCUGGUGGAGAUGAUUACGCCAUAGACAUUUUCUCCUUCGGCAUCUGCGCUCUAGAGGUGACCAAAACAAAUCUAUACAUCAGAUUAGUUUAUCAACGGAUUAACCCUCUGUACGUUUGCAAUAACAGAUUAUUUACACCCAUAGAUGGCAGUGUUGGAGAUCCAGGCAAACGGAGACACUGCUGUGUCCAAAGAGGCCAUCAUCAAUGCAGGUCAAUCUCUGGAAGAUCCUCUUAUGAGAGUGAGUCUCAAAAAUACUUCAUGUCCUGAAAAACAAAACACACUGCGGUACAACUAAGGAAGUAUGAAAAUGAAGACAAACUGUCCCACAUUGUUACUCUGAUCACACUCGCCUACACACGCCGCUUUGCUUCUGGGUUGAUUUCACACCACAUGAGGAGUCUUUAUAGUGAUUUUUCUCAGUCAAACCAGAACACAGAGACGUGUUCAGUAAAGAGGACGUACUGUUUCACGCUGGACUCACUUUCUUGUUGCUCUUUGCUGCAGGAGUUCACGCAGUCAUGUUUGCGUCACGAAGCCAAGCUCCGUCCUACGGCUCACGACCUUCUGUUCCACCGAGUCUUGUUCGAGGUCCACUCCCUCAAACUGCUCGCCGCCCACUGCCUCAUCAACAACCAGUGUGAGUUUCUCUCCUCCACAUGCCAACAAACCACGCCAAAGUUACUCUUCUCCACUUUACACACUGAUAUUACUCACUGGUAUUCACAGAUUUUUUGCUGAUAUGUUUAAGAGCUGAACAAUGCAAAAUCCAAACAAAUCAUGAUUACAUUUUUACAUCAGAACAUGUGAAAGAUAUUUACUUGUUCCCUUCAUCUCUAAAUAGUUUGUUUGUUAGUUGAAGAAUGCAGUCAAGUGGUUAAACAUCUUACAAAAGCUGAAUUUGUUGACACAAAGAUGCAGAAAUAAACACAAAAAAUGCCUGGAAAUUUAUGGAUUGAUGUCCCAAUUUGUCUUCGAUCCGCAGACUUACUUCCAGAAAACUGUGUUGAAGAGAAAACAAAGUCCUUCGACCCAAAUGCCAUCAUGGCUGAGAUCAAACAUGAUGACAGACAAGGGGUUCAGCUCAAGUAAACUCACACAUUCACCUCACACAGUAUCUUUAUUUGUCUCAACAUGUCAGACACAUUAGUCACCGUCCUUUUCUAUGUGUCUUGUUGUGUCCUGCAGAUAUUCUCACGUGUCCCCUUUGGAACUGGACAAGUUUCUGGAAGAUGUCAAGUAAGUUGACCUACUGUCGUUGUGACUCAUGCGGUACCACUGAUACCUGAGGAGUUGAACAUUCUGUCCUUUCCUCUCAUCAGGAACGGGAUUUACCCUCUAAUGAACUUUGCCUCCUCUCGGCCUCAUCCCGUCCCUCGAGCCCUCUCGCUGUCUCAGGAGCAGGUGGAGACGGUGAAAACACCAACACCUGAACCCCAGGAGACAGAAACCAGAAAGGUUGGACUUUUAGAAACCUCUCAAAAAUGCUAUACAGUCCUUCUGGAUGUAUGGAGGGUAUAUAGAACUAUAACCUUUGAGAAAUAAUGCGUAUAAUGCUGGGGAGGGUAAAAUAUUCAUGGAAGAGGAACAUAUAUAGUCCAAAUACAUAUAUACUUUACCCUUAAUAAGUGAAUUUUAGCAGCCUUUUUCAUGUCAUUGUAAAAAUAUGUUGGGAAGUGUUGUUUCUUACAUAGAAGCUGUGUGCUUUUUAUCUUUCAACAUGUUUUGACACAUUUUUUUGCCUCUAACUGUUUCUCUGUUGCUGUUGCAGGUUGUUCAGAUGCACUGUAAUCUGGAGCCUGUUGAAGAAGGGACCAAAACUCAUGUGAGUCACACAGUAUUGCAGGUACUUUGCCCAUUUAAGUACAAACUCUUUUGUUGGGCUUCUUCAUAAUCUUAAAAUUUGAUCUUUUUAUACAACAUGAGCCACGUUUGAAUGUAAUCUUUUCAUCUCCCUGCAGCUCUCUUUAUUUCUGAAGAUGGAUGAUAAACUUCACCGGCAGCUUAGCUGUGACAUCCUUCCGAGUAAGAAAGAACAAAACACGCACUCUGUUUUUCUUACUGUCUACAAAUUCCAUGAAGACACAAAAACCAUUAAAGCUUCAGUCUGUCUUUGCAAUGUAUUGGAGAGGGACAGAAAAUGUAGGGGGUGGAGAGUAGGAGGAAAACAUGCAGCAAAGAAUCAAACCACUGACCGCUGCAAUGAAGUCUGUGGCCUCUCUAUGUAGUGUGAUCAGAUCGCUGGGCCAUAGAAUUUGUUGACAACUUGGAAAAACUGGAUAAACUACCUUAUAGAAAACUUUUUAAAAUUCAUUUUUGUCACAGCUUUGUUUGACUAAAGCAUUAAUGUGAAACUUCCAGCUGACACCUCUAAAGACCUUGCCAGUGAGCUUGUUCACUACGCCUUCAUAAAUGAGGUACACAAAGAAGUUUUCUAUUCUUUUCUUGAACAUAAAUUGAAUAGCAUACGUUGAACUAAAUUACUAACACAGGAGUGUUUUUAUUCAAUAUUUGGAGCUAUAAGUGUCCGGUUUGUUUUGUAGGAGGACAGCGAGAAGGUAGCAGGGUUCCUUGAGGACGCCAUCAACCGACACCGGGUCCGAAUGCUCGCCGCUGGGAGCACACAGUGAGGAGGGGUCACAGCUGCUGGCCCAGAUCGAGGGGCCCAGGUGCCCAGAUGGGUCAAACAAGGAGGAUAGAGCAGCAGGCAGGAUCACACAGCCAGAAACUGAGAGAGAGAGAGAGAGCGAUGGGAGCUGACCCAGCUGAGGGACAAAAUUGAGACAAACACAGAUGGAUGCUCGGCCAUGUUGGUCAGUAAAUCAUCCCAGAGAGACGGAAGAAACUCCAGAGAAAGAAACCCGAGGAGCCUCCAUUUGGAGGACUGGAUGCAUCAUGGCUGUGUUCAGCAAUCCCACAAAGUAGUGGACGAUUGACAAACCCCCUGCCUAAAAGGGCUAUCAUGCCUUAAGAUAUAUUGCAGCUUAGGUUUCCAUAACGCCACUUUUCAAAGCAGACAUGUUUUACAUAUAAAAUGCAGCAGAAAGACAUUUUAUUGCUCAUAAGCCACGUUUGCACUCCUGUGUCUCCUUAGAUUUGUAAUUAUUUACUUUAAAUUGUACACAAAGAAAAGCCUGCCUCCCUCACAAAGCAGACCCUUCAGUUUCUUUGAGGAAUUCAGUUUCCGUCCAACAUGCACUGUUAAUACUCAUGUUGACUUAUUUAUUUGUAUCUAACUGUGAAUAAUUGAAGCUUUGCAUAAGCCUGUUUUGUUUUUUUUUCUUUAGACACAACUUCUUGCACUCUUGGGUUAAAGGUCAUUUCUCCCAGAGCUCCAUAUGUCAUGCCUAAAUGUAGUGACAAGACACGAGAUGAUGCCUCUCUUAUAAGCCCGCAGUGCUCUUAAGGGUUUUCCCUGCGAACGUGUCCUGAAAGCCAAAGACUUGCAAAGUGCCUGCUAUGGCAAUGUACUUUGGAGAAGAAAAAAUCUUGAUGAAACGGCAUUGUACCCAACUACUAAGAAUGAUACUCACUCAGGCUGUAUGUAAAGAUGGAUGACACAUCUCCACCCCAUCUUCACUACUACUUCACAGGGGGAAAAUGCUAAUGAAUGUCACUCACACCCAGGGUCUGUGCUGUGUAAAGUUAUGAUUAGACCCCUCCUCUCUCCUAACCAAAACACAAAUUAAACUUUGAGAUAGAGCGUCUUUAAAAUUGGUUCAAGUCAACAGCAGAACAGAUCCAUGUGUUGGUUUGAAGUGCACGCUCGUGGUUAUGGAGAGUUCAAUUACCUGUACGUCACAUUUUCCCUCAUCUCUCUGUUUUUACACCUCUAAUCACAUUUGUCAGGUAAGCUGUCAAUCAUGGAGUUGUACCCUGUUUGGAGCAUUAAAUAACAAAUUAAACUAAAUUUCUCAUUAAAAUUAUUCAAACGUGAAUCAACAUGAUACAACAUUACUAUGACAGAAUCUAUAUGUAUUUGUUUGAUGUAUAAUUUGAUGUUAAAGUUUGACCCCUGUCCCACUUGAGGGGACUGGCUUUGUAACCUGCAUCCAUUAUAUAGAAGUAACUCCAUUUGUUUUGAUUUCACCCUUUAGGGGCUGCCGUGUUGUCCAUCUUUUCAUAUAGUCUAUGAUUGACUUUAAAAACUACUUGCAAAGAUUUGGACUAAUGACAAAGUCAGCAUUUGUGAAUGUCCCUAUUAAACUGCAGCUUCUGUAUGUAUAUAUCUGGAUUGUGUGCUGUCAAUUAGUUGGAGAAGCUGCAGCUUGUGCACAAAAAUGAAAUACAGUAGAGAAAUCUUAUGAAAUGAACUCAUAGUUCUAUAUAAAUUAAAGAAAGGGUGUUGAUAAAAUGCCAUAUUGUUGAUAUAUAUUUCUGCUACACUAUUUUUGACAUAUAUUUAAAUCCCUCUGAAGGUAAUCUCUGUAAAUGUGUCUUUAGGCGUCUUAAAAGAAAAAUCCACUCAAAACAAAAUUAUUCUCUAGUAACACAUCCACUGUAUUUUUACAGACAUUGUCAGAGUGAACUCUGGCAUUGAUUGCACUGCGGCCCACGCAAACACAGAAAUAGAAUACAUCCCUUCAGCUCUGCCAGGUUUGUUUGGCAGGAAUCUGGUCUUGGCACAUUUGGGUGGAUUUUUCUUUAACAGAACUGGACAGCAGAAACAAUAGAGAAUUGUCUGGUUUGGUCUUUAGCAUUUUACUCUUGUUUGUAUAACUCACAUAGCCAUGCUUCUUUUGUUAACCUGGGUCUUUGAGGUCACAAUUUUCAUAGCUGCUGUACAGUCUUUGCUUACAGUACUUACUCUUCUCUGCGUCAUGCCUUCUUAUUUGUGUGUUUCUUAAGACAGGAGUCUAAAAUCUACAGAACAUUUGCCUUCUAGAGGCUGUGGUGUACAUAUUUUUUUGUGGCUGUUCAAGAGGUUUACUUUAAGACAAACUUUCAAUGCAACAGUGCCACUGUCAGGCUAAUUUGAUCUAGUAAGCUGCAUGUCUUAAAAGCCUGCAACCAUUCAGAACUCUGCAUUUUGCCUUUUUGUCAGUCUAAGUUUGGUUCCAGAGGGGACCUGACCAAGAAAAUGAAUGUUUAGACUGAGCAAAUAUGAAAAACAACAUCCAUAUCAGUCUUACUUUAUGUCUGAUGACUUCUUUUCCCGUGGAUCUGUUGAAUAAACUUGCCUUUGGAUGUGUUCUUUAACUUUUGUUAAAUAUUGUAGCUCCGGCAACGAAAUACAUGACAAUAAACAAUAUGUGACAUACUGAACAUGAUUUGUUUUUUCUUU